UUUGUUUACUCUGAGAGCUGGUGGGUACAGAGAUCAUUUCAUGUGGACAUGAGAGGACAGAGAGAUCUGCUGUGGAUUUUACGUUACUGACCAAUCAGGAGUGACAACGAUGACAGCAUCAGUCGUCAGCUCUCCCGUGUUUCACCCGGUGUUCAUGGGUUUCCUGGCUCUGUCGAGCUUGGAGGGAGUGUUCACCUGUCGUCUAGGGACCCCAGAAGAAUGCGCCAAUUGUUCCUUUGUGCCUGGCUACAAACUGGCUGGGAUGGGCUAUGAUGUCGUAACACUGAGACAAAAACGGGCCUCUGUGUUUGAUGUCAACAGUUACUUGGCUAACUCCUGCAUGGUAUGUGUGAACCCACUUAUGGGAGGUGAGCUUCAGAAACUCCCCUUGCAUAUGAAGGACUGGCGCGCAGAAAGUGACUGCAAGAGGAAGACUCUGAGUUCCUACUACUACUCUGUCAGCUCUCUUGUGGAUGAUAUAGCCUUCUUUAUAGCGAAUGACUGGAAGGCGGGGCUAAAGCUGGAGAAUGUAGACCUGCAGUUAGCAGGCAGCAAGUCCAAGGUGUACGGCUUUGCAUCCGCACACUCAAACGCAGACAGGUCUUCCUUCUCAUUUCAACAAUUUACCUGCUCCGUCUACAGUUUCAGUGUACCCAGCAAACCCCCACUUAGCCUGGAUUUCCAGCGACGCAUAGCUUCUCUGCCACACCACUACACAUCCAACAGUGAGGCGUACAAGGACAUCAUUGAUACCUACGGAACCCACUACAUCAGUGAUGGAGACCUCGGAGGGAUGAUGAAGAGGGUGACUAGCAUUCGCACCUGUCUAGCAGCCCUAAACAAGGUCUUUGUGUCCGACGUGGAGACAUGUCUGAGUAUGGGGUUGGACUUGGACAUACCUGUAGGACUGCCCGUUGACUUAGGGCUAAACCUUUUGGGUGGACAAUGUUCGAAGGUCGCUACCAACUCUGACAGUGCAACAGGGUACAGCAUGGGCUUCUUAAGCCACCACACGGAAGUGAACGGUGGGAGAACCUUAAAUGGAGUUGCUUCUAUGAGAAAAGCUAAUAUAGAUAGUUUCUUAAAAUGGAUGAAAAGCCUAAAUGAGUUUCCGGAAAUGGUAUCCUUCUCCCUGCAGCCUCUAUAUCAACUGGUUGAUGACAAACAGACGAGCGCUGAUCUACAAACAGCUAUUAGUCAGUAUGUGAUCGACAGCGGGAUUAAGAGAAUAAAGACAGAGAAUCAAGCAUGCAGGCAUUCACCUGACCUUUCUGCUGAUUGCUGCCCCCUGUUGGCAGGGAGAGGCAAACUAACAGUCUUUGUGGACCGUGGGUUUAGUCUAAGGGGCAAUGGGAUGGCCGAACCAGAGGUUUACGUCAAACUGUGGUGUUCAGGUCAGCACAGGCUGACCCGCUGGAUCACCACCUAUGAUCCACUUUGGCAUACACAUUUCAACUUUAACUAUGUAAACACCCAGUCCUCUCUAGAGCUCCAGGUGUGGGAUAAGUCCCCAGGGGAACGUGACGAUGACCUCCAGGGUGGGUGUUCUGUAAACCUGGAGCAGGGGAGCCACGUGCAUAGCUGUGGACUCAGUAAUGGGAGUUUCACAUUCUCUUACACAUUAACUUGUGACAAACACCUGACUGGUGAUAAAUGUGACCAAUAUUACCCCUCCCCAAACUAGAGGGGAAAUCAGUGAAGAAUC